UUUUCCCUUUGUUAGCGUUUUCCCAGGGCGUCCUGUGUUCUGUCAGCUUUGCUGGAAAGCAGGAGCUGUCAGAAAGAUGACUUGGUUUCACACGAUGCCGCUCCAGAGCAGCGGUGCUUUGUUUAAGCUCCCGUAAGGCAUUAAUCAUACCGCUGCCAUCCCUUUGCGAUGAGCUAGGAAAUCUGCUGCUUUUCACGGCUGAAAGGCAGCGGUACCUCGCUUCUUUCUCACCCUUUCCGUAAGAACCGGAGCAGGCAGUCUGGGAGAAGGAUGUUAACCACUGGUCCCUGAUUUUGGAUCACUUCUAUUAAAGAGAAAUCCCCAUUUCAGAGAGAGUACAAGACUGUGGGAAAUUAGAGGAUACCACAUCCCAUUAUUUUUUUCAGGUCCUCCCACUAUUCUAUGGGCAGUCGAGCUUUUUCCCAUGACAGUGUUUUUAUACCUGAUGGGAGAGCAGAGGGUGAACAGGCCAUCCAAGCAAUGUCACAGGAGAACGUUUUAGGAAAAGUCAAAACUCUUCAGCAACAGUUGGCCAAGAAUAUAAAAUUUGGGCAGCCUCCACAAAUGACAAUUUCUGUAAGGACAAUGGGGGAAGCAAAUGCUAGUAUGGAAGAGGAUGCAUUGCUUGGUAGCCCCAUGGAGCUUGAGACUCAGCAGAGCACAGUGAUCUCAGACAGUGGUAAAAAAUCUCAUGAGACUCCGGCUUUUUUGAGAACGAUGACUUUGCCUGCAACUGCGUAUGAACUGGAAGAAAAGGUCACUCCAGUCAAAUCAUCUCGGCCAAAAAGACAAUUUUCCUGUUCUGGCACAAUUGAAACAAUCAAUUUGGAUGCAGUUCCUCAGGCUGUUGCUCGUCUAGACAACAGUGCAGCUAAACAUAAGCUGUCAGUAAAGCCAAAAAAGCAGAAGAUAUCAAGGAAGCACAAGAGAUUAACAAAGGGAUCACAAAGUUUAACAAUAACAGAAUUUGAACCAGAUGACCUAGACAUGCCACUGUAUGGAGACAGAUACCCAGGUUAUAAUGGACACAUCAUAGCAGACAAGCUAAUUCAGAACAGAGAUGAACAGAAGCAGCUUCAGCUGGCAGAGGAGAAAAGAAUUGAAGAUCACUGGGGGAUCAUUGAGGCCGAAAGGAUAAGGCAGAUUGUAGAAAUGGAGGAACAAAGAGAGAUGGAAGAACAAAGGUGCCAAGAACUUGAGCACAUGCAGAAAGAGCAGGAGAGAAGGUGUGAAGAAGAGAGGAGGAAGUAUGUUCUUGAAGGAGAGACAUUUUUGAAAGCAGAAGAGCAAACAAGCCAUAAAGAGGAGACAAGACUGCUGGAGGCUGAAAAGAGGCAAGAGCUGGAGGGGCAGAGGCAAGAGGAACUGGAGAAGCAGGAGUUGGAAGAGCAACAGGGACGAGACCUGGAGAAGAAGAAGCACCAGGAAUGGGAGGAGGAACAGAGACAAGAGCUGGAGGAACAGAGGUGCCAAGAACUGGAGAAGAAGAGGAAAAAGGAGCUGGAGGAGCAACAGAGACGAGAGCUGGAGGAACAGAGGUGCCAGGAACUGGAGAAGCAGAGGAAAAAGGAGCUGGAGGAGCAACAGAGACGAGAGCUGGAGGAACAGAGGUGCCAGGAACUGGAGAAGCAGAGGAAAAAGGAGCUGGAGGAACAACAGAGACGAGAGCUGGAGGAGCAACAGAGACGCGAGCUGGAGAAGCAACAGAGACGAGAGCUGGAGGAACAGAGGUGUCAGGAACUGGAGAAGCAGAGGCAGAAGGAGCUAGAGGAGCAACAGAGAUGGGAGCUGGAGGAGCAACAGAGACAAGAGCUGGAGGAGCAGAAGUGCUGGGAAGAGGAUGAGCAACAGAGACGAGAGCUGGAGGAGAAACCAAGAGAGCUGGAGGAGAAACCAAGAGAGCUGGAGGAGAAACCAAGAGAGCUGGAGGAGAAACCAAGAGAGCUGGAGGAGAAACCAAGAGAGCUGGAGGAGAAAAAGACACAAGAGCUGGAGGAGCAGAAGCACCAGGAGAGGGAUGAGCAACAGAGACGAGAACUGGAGGAGCAGAAGCACCAGGAACAGGAAGAACAGAGGUGCAAGGAGCUGGAGGAGAAGCAGAGAAGAGAGCUGGAGGAGAGGAAGAGGCUAGAGCUAGAAGAAUUAAGGCAACAUGAGACUGAAAAACAGUGCCAAGAGGAAGAAGAAAGAAAUUGGCUACAGCAACAAAAAGGACCCAAGGAACAAAAUAAGGAAGAAAGCCAGAGACAAGAGCUAGAAGAGAGAGAAUCUGAAAUAAAAUUGAAGCAGGAGAAAGAAGUCGAGAGCCUCAAACAACAAAUGAAACAAGACGAACAAAGGCAGCACUUAAAGGAGAAAAGAGAAAAGACAGAGAAGGAACAACCCCAGCAAGUAAUGGGUAAGAAAAAGAAACAGGAAGAACAUAGAAAACACAGACUCACAAAACAAAUGCACAUGGAAAGUGCAGAGGGUAUGCAACAGGAUGAACUAAAGCAGCAAAAGGAACAAAAUGAGCAAGAAUGGAACAAGGUGGAAGAGCAGAAGGUAGACAUAGAUGGACAAAAUCUUCAGCAACACCAGCGAGAAAAAUCCUUGCAACAGCAACAGGACAAAGAUCAGCUGUGUUCUGGAGGGGCUGAUAGGCAUCCGGUAGAGGAGAAGCUCCAAGAAAUCUCAAGAUCCCCAAAACUCAAGCAGUCAGAAAAAGGGAAUAAAACAGCAGAAGAAGUCCUAGCCCAGAAACUGAAGAGAGAAGUUGAGGCUCAGGAACAAAAGCGAAUAGGGGAAGAACUUAGGUGGCAAGAGGUAGAUGAACGACAAACUGCAUCCAGACCUUUCACGUUUCAAGUGUCUUCUGGAGAUAAACAGAUCAUAUUUCAGAAAGUAAAUCUGAGUCCAGUCAUGCCUGUCAAAGGAGCAGGACUCUCUUCUCCAUCCGUUAAAGACUCCAGGGUGCACACUGUCAGCAAGGGCUCUCAUACGCUCCCCUCAUCUGUGUGUGUGCCCCAUACAGCUAUUUUGGUUACUGGAGCACAGCUGUGUGGCACAGCAGUUAACUUGAACCAGAUAAAGGACACUGCUUGUAAAUCGUUACUUGGCUUAACAGAAGAGAGAAAAAAUGUGGAUAUUCCUUCACCAGAGAAGGCCCAGAAGAAAAAACAGGAUCCCAAACCCAGCAGCAGCAAAUUGAAAUACGCACAAGAGACACUGAACAGUCAGGCUGUGCUGGCUGAGUGGGCCUCCAUCCGCUCCAGAAUCCUAAAGAAUGCAGAAAACAGCAAGUACAAUGAGCGGGACCGAGUGAGUGUCUGCAGGCACAGUGAUGACUGGACACCCCGAGGACGCGGUGCUUCCCAUGGCAACUUGAGGAAGACUCUCUCUGCUAACGCAAAGUUCUCCAUAACACCUGCAUGGCAGAAGUUUUCAGAAGCUUCAAAAACCAAUUCAGAUGUUGAGAAUGUGAGUGCGGCAAAAGGCAAUGAAACAGUGGCUGUGGGAAGAAUCACUGGCUCAUCCACUGACUCAAAGGAGGAUGUGGCUCCCACUCUUAAGGAUAACUUAGCUGAAAAAGCUAAGGAGAAAAUGGAAUCCCAUAGAGAAAAGGCAGACAACACAGAAGGCUGUAAAUUUGCAAAAGAUCUUCCAUCUUUCCUUGUUCCAAGUUUUCCUCAUUCUCCAGGUAAAGUAUCCCAGCCAGAAGUUCAGGGUCCUCUGGAAAAUCAGCAGAGUAACAGCACCAAAAAAGCAGAUAAACCAGCCCCAAAUGGAGAAGAAAAUGUUUCUCCUUUUGGGAUAAAGUUACGAAGGACAAAUUACUCUUUACGUUUCAAUUAUGAUCAACAGGCAGAGCAGAGGAAAAAGAAAAGAUACAGUGCAGGAGAUAGUUUUGAUGGUGUGCCUGACCCCUUAGUUACAACAGAAGAUGAGAAAGAAUCCUCUGUUUUUGCUCCGCAGGAGAGUACAUCCCCUGGCAUGGGGAGAGCAAAUGUCCCUGCUAAUAUAAAAGACUCAAAAGACUCUUCAGUUACUGUGGUAGAGAUUUCACAUCCAGCAGGCACACCAGUGGUCCUGCCAGCCACCGGUCAGAGUGCUUUACCCCAUCAUGAGAAACCAGCAUGCAAGUCACCGGUCCCACAGAAACCUGCUUUAGCUCCAAAGCCCACCAGCCAGACACCACCAUCAUCUCCUCUCUCUAAAAUGAACAGAUCAAACCUAGCUGAUACACUAGGGCAAAGGCUGGUUAAAGCUGAGUCAGAUGGUGGCUGGAGAAAAGAAGACAGAGGAAAUGCAGUGCACCCCACACCAUCCCAUGAGAACAAAAACGAAGAGGAAGAAAUCAGAGAAAAGAAGUCGUUUUUCCCAUCUAUAAGUAUUCCAUGGAGAGAAAAAAAUGACAAAAAGCCGGAGCCACUGAAGAAAGAAAAGCCCGUCCUCCAGAGCAGGCACUCUUUAGAUGGCUCUAAGCUGAUGGAAAAAGUUGAAACUUCACAACCGCUUUGGAUUACAUUAGCGCUGCAGAAGCAAAAGGGAUUUCGUGAGCAGCAAGCUACAAGGGAAGAGAGGAGACAAGCCAGAGAAGCAAAGCAAGCAGAGAAGCUGGCUAAAGAAAAUGCUGCUCUAAGUAAUCAGUCAGAUAAUAAAAGCAGCAGCAGCAAAACAAGCACACUGCAGAAAUCUACAACUCAAGAAGGGGAGAAGAAAAUUGAGACUGCUGUGUCAAGGCUAGAAAGAAGGGAGCAGCUAAAAAAGUCAAACACCCUUCCAACUUCUGUGACAGUGGAAAUUUCAGAUUCUGUUCCGUCAACCCCACUGGCAAAGGAGGUGGCCAAGAGAUUCUCUACACCUGAUGCUAACCCUGUGUCAACAGAACCAGCCUGGCUUGCGUUAGCCAAGAGGAAAGCAAAAGCCUGGAGUGACUGUCCACAGAUCAUAAAGUAAACUGUAAAA